AUGAGUCUCACGGCAAUCCCGUAUAACCGGGUUCAGACCAUAGGCAAUAUUCUCUUUGCCACACGCGGUGGCAAGAUUCACUCAUUCAACCUCUCAGACCAUAAUCACAUAUCAACAUGGCAACACCCCGAUAUAGAAAAGCAUAUCAGAGAAUCUGACUCAAAAACGGAGCCUAAGGAUGAGACCAAAACACCAACAGAUGCCGAAAAUGUCCCCGAAACGGAAGAAAGUGAGCCGCCGGCCAAGAGACAGAAAGUUGCUGAAGGCGAUCUGAACUUUCCCGUAGGAGAUGCCACUGCAACCAAAGAGGAAAACGUGCAAAAAAAGGGCAAAGGGGGUAAAGGAAAGGGAAAGGGCGAUAAUCACGGUGAUAAGUCACGAAUGGGAAGGGUGGUAGACCGCCCUCUCAUCACACUCAUGACAUGUACAGAUGACGGGAAACAUCUCAUUGCCGUGUCGGGACAUGACAAGUCUGUCUGGGUGUUUGAGCACGACGGCGAGGGUCAACUAACUCAGCUCAGCCAAAGAGUCAUGCCCAAACGCCCCAGCGCCAUCACCACCGGGCCAGGCUCUCAAAUCAUAGUCGCCGACAAGUUCGGCGACGUAUACGCCCUCCCACUCAUCAUGACGCCCCUAUCACCAUCAAGCCUCGCUCUUCGCACUGCGCCCACCCCCAAACCAUCAUUGACGGAACCAGCAGCCAACACCUUCACCGUCCACUCCAAGCGAAAUCUCGAGGCCCUCGAGCACCAGCGCAAGCAAAUCGAGCUCGAAAGAUCCAAGGGGGCAGAAGCGAAGCCCGAGGGACCAGUCUUCGAGUCACACCUACUACUAGGCCACGUGUCCAUGCUCACGUCUCUGAUCGUCACAGAGACCCAGGGACGGAAAUACAUCCUCACGGCCGACAGGGACGAACACAUCCGCGUGUCGCGCUAUAUCCCGCAAGCCCACAUCAUCGAGGGCUUCUGCCUCGGGCACAAAGAAUUCAUCAGCGAGAUGACGAUCCCCCUCCGCAGAGAGGACGUCCUCGUUUCCGGAGGCGGAGACGAGGAGCUGUUCAUCUGGGACUGGAAAGCAGGCCGCGUCCUCUCCAAGACGAACCUGCUAGCCUUGGCGCGGGAGAUUGCGCCGCAAACGACGCGCAUCGCUGUUUCGGGCCUGACAUCACUGGUGUACCCCGAGGAAGGCGGCGUGACAUAUGUUCUCGCCAUAUGCGAAGAAAUCGACAGCAUUCCGGCCAUCUUUACAUGGCAACUAACACCGGAAAACGAACUCAAAAACCCGGGCAUCAUCCAACUCCCCUGCAACCCGCUGCACAUUGCCAUCGCCUCCGCUUCCAACGAGACGGCCCUCAAACUCGUCGUGGCCAUGGACCCAGGCCCAAAUGUACAGGCCAAGAGUCUACACGCAUACACUCUCACACGGACUGAGCACCGACUGUCAUCUGAUGUGGAGAUACCUAUUCAUGGACAACGCAGUGAUGGGCCAGAGAUGCAAGUUUCUGAAAGCGAAAUUCGCAACAUGUUUUAUGCGGUUGAAAACUUGCGCAAACAGGGAGGUGGUGGUGAGGAUGCGGGAACAACAGAGGGCAAUGGGGAGGUAGAGGCUAGUCCCGCCGAGGCAUAA